CUCUUCAAUUCGACCAUUUCUCUCAUUCAUUGCUAUUGUUAACCGAGCCCACCACGGGCACAAUUGUGUCACCACAACUACGACGCUGAACGCUAUCGCGACCGGGAUCCAUUGCAGCCUCCACCUGCUGCCAGUCCUCACUGGUCGUUGAUGCCAUUCGACACUUCGGACAAUCCUGCCCUCCCGCCUACUAGCCCGUUGACCAGCCCUGCACAAGACCAAAACAGGACUACACACGUCUCCAGUGUCACCCAAGACUCAGCGCAUACUGCCGGCUGUGGGAGACGUCGAGUAGUGCUCAUGAUUGCGCAGGAAUCGGCUUGUCGAUAUUAAUCCCCGCCUCCAACGUCCGCAUUGGCGAGGCAAACCAACAUACAUAUGCCUCGCCACUUCCCUCUCCCACAAUGCAAGCUUCAUCAUCCACAAACUCUCCUGACACCAAACAACGGGCAGUGAGACAUUGGCUAGACAACAUUCCUCCUACCUUUCCCAAGACCACAACAUCCCAGAUCCCUAUAUCGUCAGUCAUCAACGAGGCCACGCCCACAGAGCUGUGCACAAUGACUCGUUCUUCAGCUCAAGGUUUGAGUGCCCUGACCAGCUCGAGCACCAUUGUGCUCUUCACGCCUGUCAUUGCUGCCAAGGCAUUCCCCAGCAAGACUUCAUCUGGCAACAACACCGAUCCGUUCGAAACCCUAGGCCGCGCUCUCAGUCGACACCACAAGCGUAUUCGCCAUGUGCCAUAUCAUCCCAAGAUUGGCUUCACAGACACCCACGAUGCAUUCCUCAGCCAAGCCGAUGCCGUCGUGGUUGUUAUAUCUGAGCCAGUAUCCAACAAGACCGAAAGUCUUGGCGAUCAGAUCGAGUUUGCGGAGAACGCCAAUGCGGCGUUGAAGGAAAGCCUGGGUGGGAGACCACUCAAGCAUCCUGUCACCUUGAUCCAGUGCGGCAACUCUGAGGGAAAUUGGUGGCCGGACAGCUCGGCAUUCGACACAGUCAUGAAGUGUCGUUCGUACGAUGUGGAGACUGCACAACAGGUGGCAAGGAAGCUGUUUGAGGGGAGGAAGUGAUGUUCCUCAUUUGUCAACUCAAGCGGCUUUCUCGACAACCCACGACUGAUCAUGCCCGUCACGACCAACAUUCUUACUCGGCGCAUCAAUUAUUCGAAACGGCCUUGCAUGUCAUCGAUACUGGACGGGACGAAGCAAGCAUAUGCUGUUCUUGGCGUCUUCAACGCGACUU